AAUACGCGUUCCGUCGUUGUUCGGCCAUAUCGCAGAUGUGCAACGCGUAGAUGUAAUAAACGUGGUGGCAAACAAAUUAACAAGUCGCCACCGGAGGAGAAGAUCGUUCGUGAUGGCGCAAAGGAGCAAAGCGUUGUUUCUGACUUUGUAAUCGGAGAGGAUAAAACGCGACUUAAGUCAACCGGCUAAGAACGCAACGGAAAGUCGCAGCAGGCGUGUUGUGCGUCAGGAUCUUCCAACAUAGCCGUUGUUCGCCGUGUUCUCAAUUUUCGCCGAUGAUGCAUUUUCAGAAUUAGAUUUGUGGCCCGCUUUUGGUAGGGGGAGUUCCCAAGAGUGUAUCUUUCUGGAGUCCUGUUGCAUCUUUAUCGGAUUAUCUUCCGCUGCACACAUCUGCUGCAAUCGUGUUGUUCUAUCCUGAGCGAUAACAACCAAUUUGUGUUGAUUUAAAACAUUGACGGCCUUUCUUGACUAAAGUGAAAAGAAACGACGCAUUAUCUAUGCCAAAACGUCUCUUAGACGUUGAAGACGUCACUUUAAAGGUCCCGCAGCCGGGAGAUAGUCGUGCUGGGGGCCGAGGGGGUGCUGAUGUGGCCGAAUAGCCUCGGAGGUACUUCCGGCUGCAGCGGAGGAGCCGGUGCUACCGAACUCGGGGGCCUCGCCGCUUCCACCACCUCGGCCUCCGAGCUUUUUGGGCCCGCGGCGUUCGGCGCGUCCGCCGCGGGACCCUACGGCGCUCUCAAGACAAAUCCGUAUGUAAGCGCACUCGGUAUGCCACCAAUCGAAGCGUUACAUUCUACUAUUGGCUAUCCCGGUUGCACACCUGCCGGUGAGUCUUACUACUGCAAUCCGAGAAAACAGCGGCGGGAAAGGACAACGUUCACCCGAGCGCAGUUGGAUGUCUUGGAAGGCCUUUUUUCGAAGACAAAAUAUCCUGAUAUCUUUAUGCGCGAAGAAGUGGCAAUGAAAAUUAAUUUACCGGAAUCGAGAGUUCAGGUAUGGUUCAAAAAUCGUAGAGCCAAGUGCCGACAGCAGCAGAAGCAGCAGCAACAGCAACAAGAUAAAGCGCCGAGAUCCAAGAAACCUUCGGGAAGUCCGGCUAAUAAUCCACCUCCAGGAAAGAGUCCUUCAAUUGCUACCACGCCCACGCCUUCCGCUGCAGUACCCGCUACUACUCCCCUGAGCGGAGGUACUGGCGGCUCAGCGGCAAGUUCCCCGGCGCUUUUAAGGGAUUCGCCACAAUAUAAGCCUGCGGGAAACGCUACUAGUUUGCUGUUAGCAGCCAGUACGACUCCACCAAGCUUAGGCGGCAGUGUGUACAGCAGCGGUGGUAGCAGUAGUAUAUGGAGUCCAGCAGUAACAGAGAGUGGUGGAGGAUUUCCAAGCGAUCAUCAGAGGUUAGCGUGGACGACAACUGCUUCCCAGCAGCAAUGCUACCAAAAUUACUCGUCCUACUACAGCAAUAUGGAAUAUCUUUCUCCCACUUCUCAAUUAAACGUUGUGGACGGUGGAAGUAGCGGCCUUGACAAUUCAUGGAGCAAACCUAGAGACGAAGGUAGUUCAUCCUGGUUUUACAGCAGCGCUGGAUGGGGUGACCGAAAGUGAAUCACUGAGGAUAAAAAAACGGAGUCUGAGUACAUAUCAUCAACGCCAGGGAUGGUUAUAUGACUUGAAUUGAAAACUUUGUCGUAACAUGAUGCCAACUAUAAUAAGAGGUUGAUCUGCUUCCGAUGAAUUUUGAAUUUAGAUUCAACAUAUCUUUAAUACGGUCGGCAUUCAGACGACAUAAAAUGCACAUACCGAUCGU